CAUUGCCAGAGGCACUACAACCAGAGACUGUCUAGGAGAUCCUGCCUCUCUUUACUGCUGCCUGGGCUUUUGCUCUCUCUUGGGGCUAAUAUUCACUUCACUCAAGCUACCUUUUAGUUUUUUCCCUGAGUACUUUGGGUAAGAAGAAAGGUUACGAAGAUGCAGUCCUGCGCCAGGUGUGGGUUUGUGGUGUACCCAGCGGAGAAGAUCAAUUGUAUUGAUCAGAACUGGCACAAAGCAUGCUUUCACUGUGACGUCUGUAAAAUGGUGCUCACAGCCAAGAACUUUGUUAGCCACAAGAAGCGGCCAUACUGCUCUGUACACAAUCCAAGAAACAAUAUGUUCACCAGUGUCUAUGAGACCCCCAUCAAUGCCAAGAAGCAAGCCAUUGCCAGCAGUAAGCAGGACUAUCAGGCUAAGUUUGAGGAGCAGCAGACCUACUCGUACUCAGGCACCAUCACCAACCAGGAGAUUGUGAGCGUGACCCAGGCCCAAAAGACCAUCAGUGAUGUCAAAUACACUGAGGAAUAUGAGCAGAGUGAAGGAAAAGGCAGCUUAUCCACCAUGAUCACACCAGGAUACCAAAUUUCCAAGAAACCAAAUACCUUGCCCAGCAGUGUGGAGUACAAUAAAGGAGAGGAGAAAGUGUCAAAAUAUUCCUCCAUAGCCAAAACCCCUGAAAUGCUUCUGGCCAAAAGCCAAGGACAGAUCAAUUAUGUCUACACUGAAGAGUAUGAACAGCAGUUGGGUAAAGGCAGUUUCCCCGCCCAUCUCACUCCUGGCUACCAAGUUUCUAAGAAAGCCACAGAGAUGGCCAGUGGUGUGAAGUACCGUCAGAUGUAUGAGCAGGAGAUGAAGGGAAAGGCCACCUCAGAUGCAGGGGCAGCAGAAUUCUCUUCUGCCAGAGAAAAUGCUGGGAACUUCAGCCAGAUUGCCUACACUGAAGAGUACGAGCAGCAGAGAGGGAAGGGCAGUUUCCCAGCCAUGAUCACUCCUGCCUACCAGCUUGCCAAGAAAGCCCAGGCCCACGCCAGUGAUCUGAAAUACAAGAAGGACCUGAGUAAGAUGAAGGGCUCAUCCCACUUCCACAACCUGACCAGUGAGGACAACCUGGCCCUGAAGAGCGCCCGCAAAAUCAACAAGAUCGUCAGCGAGGUUGAGUACAAGAAGGACCUUGAGAACACUAAAGGCCACAGCAUCAACUACUGUGAGACGCCCCAGUACAAGAAUGCAUCCAAGGCUGCCAAGUUCAGCAGUGAUAACAAGUACAAGGAGAAGUAUACCAACCACAUGAAAGGGCACUAUGAAGGCUCUGAGAUGGACAAGAAUGCUGUACACGCUAUGAACGUCAGAAAGCUGGCAAGCAAUAUUGCCUACAAGCAGGAGUAUGAGCAGGAGAAAACUGACCAUGUGGAAUACAACUACCCAGCCACCAUCACACCAGGCUACCAGAGUCAGAGGAAACUGGAUCCACUCAAGGACAAGAACUACAGACAGCACAUUGACCAAGUCAAGUACAGCUCGGUGACAGAUACCCCUGACAUCGUCCAAGCCAGGAUCAACGCUCAACAACUCAGCAAUGUUAACUACAGACAACACAUUGACCAAGUCAAGUACAGCUCGGUGACAGAUACCCCUCAAAUCGUCCAGGCCAGGAUCAACGCUCAACAACUCAGCAAUAUCAAAUACAAGGAGGACUGGGAGAAGACCAAGUCCAAAACAUGUGACAUCGGCCUGGACACGCUGACCGUCAAGGCUGCCAAAGCAUCUCGGGACCUGGCCAGUGAUAUUAAGUACAAAGAGUCCUUCAUGAAAAAUAAAGAUAAGACAAGCAAUGUCAGCGACUCCAAGACCCUGCACUCUCUUCAGGCGUCCAAGAUGACCAGUGAGAUUGAGUACAAGAAGAACUCCAAGGAGAACCAGUCCCAGUUCAGCUUGUCCAUGGACAUGGUCAACCUGAGCCAUGCUAAAAAAGCCCAGGCCCUUGCCAGCGACCUGGACUACAGGACGAAGCUCCACCACUACACCAUCCUAUCCGACGACAUCCAAGUACAGCAGGCCAAAAAGGCCUAUAACCUGCAGAGCGAGAAUCAAUACCGUUCAGAUCUGACCUGGAUGAAGGGAGUUGGCUGGGAGGCUGAUGGAUCUCUGAAUGUGACCCAAGCCAAGAAGGCUGGAGAGCUUCUCAGUGACAAAAAGUACCGUCAGAAAGUGGAUAACGUCAAGUUCACCCAGGUGGCCGAUACUCCCUCUAUCAAACACGCCAAGAAGAGCCAGGAACUGCAGAGCAAGCUAACGUAUAAGGCGGGCAACGAACAGAUGAUGCACCAGUACACCAUGGAUAAAGAUGAGCCACUCUUCAGGCAGGCCAAAGCCAAUGCAGACCUCCUCAGUGGGAAAGUGUAUAAGAGUAGCUGGGAGCAACAGCGAGAGAAGGGCUUUGAGUUGCGCAUGGACUCCUUGUCCAUCCUUACAGCUAAGGCUAAGAGAGACUUGGCCAGUAACGUGAAAUACAAGGAGAAGUACGAGCAGACUAAGGGGAAGAUGAUUGGGGUGAAGAUGGUCACUGACGACUCUCAGAUGGCGCACUCGGCUCUGGCCACCCGGUUGCAGAGUGAUCGCCACUACAGAAAGAAGUACGAGGACACUAAAACCAAGCAUAGUGCCUCUUUGGACAUGUUGACCAUGACCCACGCCAAGAAGGCCCAGGAUCUGGCAACUGAGACCAACUACAGGACCUUCCUGCACAAGUACACAACCCUGCCCGGCGACAUGAAGGUGGCCUGGGCCAAGAAGGCCUACGGACUACUGAGUGAUAAACAGUACAGGUCGGAUCGGAACUGGAUGAAGGGCGUGGGCUGGGUGGCAGCAGAUUUCCUGGAUGUGAAACAAGCAAAGAAGGCUGGCGAGCUUGUUAGCGAGAAAAAGUACCGUCAACAUGUCAGCGAUCUGAAGUUCACCAGCGUGGAGGACACUCCCGAGAUGGUCCAGGCCAAACUCAGCAACAAACUGGCCCUCGACAGGCUGUACAGGGAAAAGGGGGAACAUAUGAAGCACAACUACACACUCUCCGGAGAUCUGCCUGAACACGUGCAGGCCAAGCUCAAUGCCAUGAACAUCAGUGAGACCCGCUAUAAGGAGUCGUGGACUAAAAUCAGAGAUGGUGGCUACAAGCUCCGUUUGGAUGCCAUUCCCUUCCAGUCAGCCAAAGCGUCUGGGAACAUACUUAGUGAUCACAAGUACAAGGAGCAGUUUGAAAAGACCAAGGGGCAUAUGAUUGGACUGAAGGGACUGGAGAACGACAUGAACAUGUCUCACUCUGUGAAUGCCAGCAAACUGCAGAGUGACAUCAAGUAUAAGCAGGACUCUGUGAAUAAGCGCUCUCAGUACCACCUUUCUAUGGACAUGUUGGAGAUGGCCCAUGCUAAAAAGGCCCAGACCCUGGCCAGUGAGCAGGACUACCGGCUUACACUCCACCAGUACACUACUCAACCCGAUGACAUGAAGGUGCAGGCCGCUAAGAGAGCCUACCAACUACAGAGCGAGAAAGUGUACCGCUCUGACCUGAACUACCUGCGUGGUGUAGCCUGGAUCAGCACCGGGGCCCUCCAGAUGGAGGGCUUCAAAAGGGCCACAGACCUUAUUAGUGAGAAAAACUACCGUCAGCAGCCCUACUCCUUCAAGCACACAUCUGUCGCAGACUCACCAGACAUUGUCCAUGCCAAACUCUGUAAUAAGCUUACCAACGAGCGCCUGUACAAGAUGAAAGGGGAGAAUGACAGGCAUAACUACACAAUGACAUUGGAGAGACCAGAGAUAACACAGGCUAAGAUCAACGCGGCUAACUUCAGCGAGACCAAGUACAGGGAGUCAUGGCACACUCUAAGGGCUCAGGGCUACAAACUGACCAUGCAGGACAUCCCCUUCCAGGCUGCCAAAACCUCGAUGGAUUUAGCCAGCGACGUCCAAUACAAGCACCACCACCUGCUGGAUAAGGGCAAGCACAUCGGCGCCCGCAGCAUUCUGGAUGACCCGCGCAUGCUACACUGCAUGCAGAUGGGCCGGCUGACGAGCGAGCAGGAGUACCGCAAAGACGCACUUUCCACCAGCGGCCAGUACCACCUCAAUCCAGAUAUGAUCAAUUUAGUGACAGCCAAGAACGCCCAGGCUCUGGCCAGCGAUCAGGACUACAGGAAGAGGCUCCAUGCGUACACUGUCCUACCUGACGAUAUUAAAGUCCAAUGGGCCAAGAAGGCCUACAACCUGCAGAGCGAGAAACUGUACAGGUCGGAUCUGAACUUCAUGAAGGGCGUGGCCUGGGAUGGUGUGGGGGCGCCUCAAAUGGAGUUGGCAAAGAAAGCCGGAGAACUCACCAGUAAUAAGAAAUAUCGUCAACUGCCAGACAGUCUGAAGUUCACCCAAGUGGCGGACUCUCCAGACAUGGUUCAUGCUAAGAACAGCUACCUCCAGUGCAGUGAGAGGCUGUAUAAGUCUGGAGACUCGGACGCCAUGCACAAAUACACCUUACAUGCCGACGACCCAGACUUCAUCAGAGCAAGGAUCAACGCCCAGCAGAUUAGCAAUAAAGCCUAUAAAGCGUCUGGGGAUGAGAUGAGGUCGGCAGGCUACGACUUGAGGCUGGAUGCUAUUCCCUUCCAGACGGCCAAGGCUUCCACGAAUAUCGCCAGUGAUUUCCGCUACAAGGAAGCCUUUGUGAAGGAGAAGGGUCAGCAGGUGGGGAUGCUCAGUGUCGAAGAUGACCCAAAGAUGGUGCACUCCCUGGCAGCCAGCAAGCUCCAGAGCUGCCUGGGGUACAAGAGGCAGGCUCAAGAGACGCGCUCCCAGUUCAAGAUGCAUGCCAACCAGCCUGUGUUCCAACAGGCCAAGAAGAGCCAAGCUCUGGCCAGCAACCAGACCUACCACCAGAGGCUCCAUGACUACACCUUUGACCCCCAGCAACUCAACGUUCAACACGCCAAGCAGGCCUACAAGCUGCAGAGUGACGUGAACUACAAGUCAGAUCUGAACUGGAUCAGGGGUGUGGGCUGGACCCCCCCUGGCUCCCAUAAGGUGGAGAUGGCCCGGCGGGCUGCAGAACUGGGCCUGGCGGAGAGCGUGAGCACUGAGGAGGCCAUUGCCCAGUACCAACACAUGAUGAUGAUGCAGCAGAUGGAGGAGCAGCAGCAGGUGUCAGAACCUGUUGAGACCAGCAAAGAGUUCCAGCAGUCGGGAGUCAAUCUAGACGCAAUGGAGAUCCUCCACGUCAAGAGGAAGAAGACCAUCCAAACGGUGAAGAAGUCCAAUUCCUCCUCCAUGGAUAGCAGCGUCAAGAAGUUAAUGAUGUCUUCCAACUCAGCCAUAGAGUCAAUGAUGGCUUCCACCUCUGUCUCAGCCAUUGAGAACACAGUCAAGAUGUCCACAACUAGUGAGGCAUCGGCCAUAGAAAAUGCUUAGACAAUGUUGUGAGAAGGUGUUGCCUUAGGGCAUGUAUCACACUUAUUCCACGGAGGGGGCCGAGUGUCUGUGCGUUUUCACUCCUCCCUUGUACUUGAUUGAUGAAUUAAGGUCACUAAUUGGUAAGGAACUCACCUCAUCUGGUUGUCUAGGUCUUAAACCAGCAGACACUUGGCCCUCCAUGGAAUGAGUUUGACACCCCUGCCCUAGGGGGUAGGUGGAAGUUGCUUCUAACUGAUAUAGGGUCUGGUCUUUUUUAAUUCACCUGAUGGAUGAAGUAAGGGAUUGGAGUUGGGUUACCUGAUCCUAGAUCUAUUAAGAGCAAUGUCUACCCCAAGAUAAAAUUAGAUAAUGUUGUGAGGGAACUGUGCAUGUAGAAUCAGGAAGGGAAUUGAAAAGUGCUUCAAGUGGUUUAUGUGGAAGGUUACCUCAUUACACAUUCAUAACCCAUACACAACAUUCAUAAGAAAGUAUAUGAGAAUGUCAUAAUUUAUUUUUCAACAAUGACAAGUUUAUAUUUUUGUUACAGUGCCUUCAGAAAGUAUUCAUACCCCUUGACUUCAUACCCCUCCACAUUUUGUUGCCUUACACCCCGAAUUCAAAAUGUAUUAA